AUGGUGAACUCAGGGACAGUCGCUUCAUAUCAUUGUGCAUGGCCUGAGGGGAUUCACCUUGCACAAGCUAACACCUUACCUAGCAUAGCGCUUCUCAGUUACCCAGGCUCGGGAAACACCUGGGUACGUUACCUGAUAGAGAGUGCUACUGGUAUCUACACGGGCAGUAUACAUACUGACAAUGAUCUAUUUCGUAGUGCUUGGAACCAAUUUGUGAGGAGAGAGAUUUCAAAAUGGAGCGAGAAAUUGGAUGAAGCAGUUUCUUUCUUUAACAUUACCCUAAUCAUCCAUUACGAAGACCUGAAAUCAGACCUGGCGACCCAUCUCCGUACCAUUCUGAACUUCAUGACGGCUGAUACAAACUUGACGGCACUAGACGCGUCAGAAGAGCGUUUUCGCUGUACGGUAGACCACUCUACAGGAUCCUUUAAAAGAAACAAGACUUAUAUGACAUUUGAUCCCUUCACGAAUGAAUUGCGAGCCCUUAUCGAUGGAAAGAUUCGAUAUGUUUUGAAUAGGUUACGGGAAAUGUGUUAUCCGUUACCACCAUAUGCGAUAAAUUACCCCCCUCUUACAACUUCUCAAGCAACUUCUUCAAAAUAAUUGUGUUCAAUAUUUUUUAGGGGUGAGUACUGUGAGAAUGAUUAAGUUAUUUGUGAAGAGCACUUACCUAAAAUGACGUAGAAACCAA